AUGGGAGUGGGAGCUUCGACUGAGCAAACCCCGGCGAGAGAUUGGGAAGGCGAAUACAAAAAAGCGGAUGCUCUGCAUUGCCAAGCAGUCCUUAGAUGGGAGGCCUCCCGGCGCAACGAAAUGCAGUUGCAAUCCAGAUUAAGCGCACAGAACUCGGAAGUGUACCGACUCAAUAACGAGCUUCGCAAAUUGAAGGCGGCGCCGAACUCGGAAGUGUGCCGACUCAAUAACGAGCUUCGCAAAUUGAAGGAGGCGCAGACCGCAACAGCAGCUGAUACGGUGUCAGGGAAGGAGUAUGACGAGCUAAUGGACGACUAUGACGAACUGGAAAAGCAGCUCGCGAAUGUAAAGAAGGCGAUGUCGGGCUCACAAAUCAAAUGGAACCGAGAUAAGGAGUCCUACUUAGCACAGAUCAAAAAUCUAGAGACACAACUGAAAACGCUACGAAAUGUCGACAUCCCACGUCUGAAGCAAUUCCAGGAACAAGAAAAAACACGUAGCGUCAUGGAAAAGGAGUUAAUGGCUGUCGAGAUGGAGAAAUUCAAGGCUCUGGCUUCCGAGGAGAGACGGCACCGCCAAAAACUUCAAGCUGAAAACAAAAAAUUAGCGGACCAGUUGAUCUUCCAAAAAUGGAACGACGUCUUGGAUGCCGGACAGAAGAUAAAAGUUGCUUAUGCUGCAUGUACGAAAAAGCCAACCACUGCUGUCGAGGCUCCAAAAAGCGUUGAACCGAAGAAGGCCGACGACCCGUUGCUCAAGCCUGACCAGGCAAAACCACCAAAACCACAGGAGCAGGUGACUGAUGCCGAAUUGCUAAUCAUGACGCCGAGCUGGGAUGCCGGGUACGAGACGAGGAAUGGAAGACCUCACAUCGAGCGGUUGCGCACCGAAAAGGGCAUCAUCGGCUUCAUCUUUUUCGAAAGCGUCGAAAAGGCUCAGCAG